GAAGGCCCAGUAGAAAAUGACAGAAAAACGGUGACCCUACCAAGACAACAUUCCCUCCCACAGUCCCAUUUGUGAAUUUUCUCUCUACACAUAUCAAAUCAAACCGCAAUGGCCGCGUGGUGUCACCCUGCUACUACACACACAUUUCCCUCACUCUCACUACCACCACCACCUUCUCGUUCAAUCACUCAUAUUCAUCGACUUUCAUUUUCCGGCAUCGCUUACCCUACACUCUCUUAUUCUUCAACCACACUACUUCACGUCAAAUCCUCCAAUUACAACGUCCAGGUCGUUGUCGAAGAAGACGAACCCGAAGAUCAACUCGUCCAUCGCUUCAGAAAAGAGGUCCUUAGGGCCGGAAUUCUUCAGGAGUGCAGACGUAGAAGGUUCUUCGAGACACCACAAGCCAAAGUCAAAAGGAAAGCCCGAGAAGCUUCUAGAAGAAACCGUAAAUGGCCAUAUUCUAGAAUUCUUGCACAGAAUAAAGAUGAAUCUCCAAAUAAGGAAAAAGAUGAUGAUGGUGAAGAAGAGGAUAAUUGGGAACUUUCAGAUGUACCAGAUCUUCCAUAUUGUUAAAAUUCAAAUGCAGAACAGAAACAAGCAGAGGUAAAUGAAACUUUCACGAAAAGCAUUUAACUCUCUUUUAAGUAGUUCUAACCCCAGCCAAAAUCCCUUCUCCAUCCGAAGCCGAAGUUGGUGCUCUCACUAUCCUGAGAGGUAAUUACCUGUCUCAUGUAACUUUUACUUCACUCAAAUUACAUACAUCAAGGAAAGGAAAAUGUUGCUUAGUUAUAGUUUUCAAGACAGUUGCUGAUAUUGAAUUGCUUCUGCAGACCUUCCUGUUGUUCUGAUAUUUUUUUCUUCAUGUUGUUUGUAAAUAUUGCUUAUUUUAAAGCCAUUAGUGUUUGCACUAUCAGCUAGUAAUUUGUUUGUUUUAUGGAGAUUUUCUUAUUCUGAGGAUAAUUGUAAUUAACAUUUGGGUCUGCUACUAUGUUUUUCGAUGACUUGUUUUGAAAUUUAUUCAGAAAGUUAGUUUUUCUGUA